AUGGUCGUCCUCGCGGCUUCGAUUUGCACCCGUGGAGGGAAAGCUGUCCUCUCUAGACAGUUCCGAGAGAUGCCACGAUCGCGCAUAGAAGCUCUCCUCGCCUCGUUCCCCAAACUUGCCGAUAGCGGGACACAGCACACCAUCGUCGAGCAGGACAACGUUCGAUUCGUUUACCAGCCCCUCGACGAGCUUUACAUGGUCCUCAUUACCAACCGCCAAUCCAACAUCCUUCAGGACAUUGACUCUCUACACUUGUUCGCACAAGUAGUUACUAGCACAUGCAAGACGCUGGACGAACGCGAAAUUCUUAAGAAUGCCUACGAAUUGCUCAGUGCCUUUGACGAGCUGGUCACCCUCGGCUACCGGGAGAACCUAACCAUCAGCCAAAUCAAAACCUUCCUUGAUAUGGAAAGUCAUGAGGAGCGAAUCCAGGAGAUCAUCGCAAGGAACAAAGAAUUGGAAGCCACCGAGGAGCGAAAACGAAAGGCGAAGCAGCUCGAGAUGCAGCGCAAGGAUGCCGCCCGCAGUGGUCGUGUUGGUGGCAUGGGUGGCAUGAGUGGCAUGGGCAGCGGUGGUGGUAUGCCCCGAAGCCCCUCCUAUCCCACAUACAACCCUCCUGCGCAAUCGAAUACCAAUACCUACGACUCAUAUGAGGCUGAAAAGAACAAGUCCUUUGGCAAACCUCUUGCUCCCAAGGCCAAGGGUAUGCAGCUCGGUAAGAAGUCUAAGACCACGGACAUGUUUGAGCGAGUGCGAGGCGAUAUGGGCGGCGAGAUUGAUGACUCACCUCUUGUUACUCCCGCACCCGUACAGCAAGUUGAAGCAUCGGAGCCUCGCAUGUCCUCCACCCUUGAUCGCGACGCUAUCCACGUCGCCAUUUCAGAGACUAUUUCAGCCAAGUUGUCUCGUGAAGGUGCUGUCAACUCUCUGGCUAUCAGUGGUGACCUUGUUCUUCGAAUUUCAGACCCUAGUCUGACCAAGAUCAAGCUCGCCCUCCAGGCUGUAUCAUCACACGGAGUCCAGUUCCGUACCCAUCCUAAUGUUGACAGAAAUCUGUUUAACAGUUCCAAGAUCAUUCAGAUGAGCAACACUGCUCGAGGAUUCCCUGUUAACAAUGCCGUUGGCGUCCUACGGUGGAGAGCCUCCCCCAAGGUCGACGACCCUAGCGCGUGCCCGAUCACUUUCACUGUCUGGAUCAAUAAGGAUGCCGACAAGUAUAAUAUCACUGUCGAGUACGAGUUGACGGGCACCGAUCCUUUGAACGACGUCAGUGUCGUCAUCCCCUACGUUGGCAGCGAGCCCGUCGUUUCUAGUUUCGAUGCUACUUACGACGUGUCUGGUGACGCUAUCGAGUGGUCAAUUGGUAACGUGGACGAGGAGAACCCCAACGGCUCAUUUGAGUUCGAGGCCGAGUCAGGUGACGAGAAUGAUUUCUUCCCCAUGACUGUUCGCUUUAACAAGAGCGCGCCUUACAUUGACGUUGAUGUUCACUCAGCAUCUCUUCUGGAGGAGGACGAGGAGGUGACGUUCUCCAAGGACAUCAAGUCUCAUGCGGACAACUUCUUGGUAGAAUAA